AUGAUGCCUUAUAAGGAUGGAAAGACAGAUUGCACCAUCAGGUGCUUUGGAUGCGGCAAUGUAUCUUGCCGAAGAGCAUCAAAAUCUUUGCUCGCAUCAAGCCUUAAAAUCCAGGUGUAUUCAACAAAUGCUCCUACAGAGAAUGUGAGGUGUAUCAGGGAUAGUUAUAUCGGAUAUUCGUGCAAGUGUGUUGUGGUUGAUACAGAGUGCAAAUGCUGUCGGAUGAUUCUGGGAUACCGUGUUUUACAACCAUGUGAGUUGUGCAUAAGUGCAAGAAACAGUAAGCACACAUGGAUAUUCGACACAAGCACUGUCAUCUCUACAGCAGUGAGAGAGUGUUCGGAUGCCUGCACGAGUGCAUCUUCAUUGUGCCAUGAGGAGGGAGAUAGCGAAGUAAAGAUAAGAUGA